GAAAUGUGAACUUGUGAAGUACGUAGUUACGUAGUUUAGUGAGCGGCGCAAGAGGAAAAGUGAUAGAUCUGGUUUUUGCAUAAAGGAAGAUACAACUCCAAAAAUAUUAUUCGACAAUAUAAAUGACGAAUAUAGAUUUUAGUUGCAAGAAACAUCUAUGAAUCUAAUGAAUUCUUGAGACGAACGUUUCACUGUGAAUUGUGUGCUUGAAGAUAUAAUAUAUAACCUGAACGCAAACUAACCUCUAUAUUUACAUUGGAAAGGAAAAUAAUUUUUUAUGAGAUAAUAAACUUCGCAAAAUAAUAUUCCAAUAUUAAUCCUUUUUCUUGAGAAAAAAGUUUAUUAUAUAUGCAGAAACCAUGUUAAAACGUAAAUUUGACGAUAUUGAAGAUGUAUCAGACAAGCAGCCACUCAAAAAUUCACUGGAUUCUGAUGAAGAUGAUGACGAAAUAAACGAAGAUGCUUAUAAUAUUAUGAACGAGAAUGAUAUUGAAGGCACAGAAGAUGGACCUUCAGCACCAGAAACAAAUGUAGGAUUUACUGCAUUUAAUAUGAAAGAGGAAUUGGAAGAAGGUCAUUUUGAUAAAGAGGGUCAUUAUCGUUGGAAAAAAGAGAAACAAAUAAAAGAUAACUGGUUGGAUAAUAUUGAUUGGGUCCAAAUUAAACCUAGUUCCAUUAUUGACAUACAAAAGAGUGCUAAAUCAAGCAAAAGCUAUGGAUUGGGAGAUAGCGAUAGCGAUGAUGAAGAAGAUAUGUUUGAUCCUAUUCCAUUAUAUAAACAGAUUUUAGAAUUUCUUAAACCUGGUGAAACUGUUUCUAAGGCACUAUGUAGACUUGGUAAAGGAAAAAAAAAAUUAACCACAGCUGAAAGAUGGAAAAGAAAAAAGGAAGGUAAAACACAAGACGAAGAAGAUCCAAAUUCUGUUAACAUAAUUAAAUUAACUGAGCUAGCAAAUGAAUUAUUGACACGUACUGGUAAUAUGGAUAUAUAUCAAGAAAGUUACGAAGAAAUAAAAAAGAAGAUUGAACAUACCAACAAAAGUGCAUAUUCUUUGAAAGAAGAAGCAGAAUUGGAUAUGUAUGCUGAUGAUUUUGAUGAAAAAGAAAAGACAAAAUUGGAUAUUAAUAAUGAUAAGACAACAGAAGCAACUAGUGCAGAAGAAAGUACGUCUUUAGCAGAAGAUAUAACAUGGGAUUUGAAAUGGUCGCAGAAUGAAGAUGCAGAAAUACAUGGACCUCAUACUACUCAGCAAAUGCAUGCAUGGGCAAAAGAAGGAUAUUUCAAAAAGGGUGCAUGGGUGAGAAGAACCGGACAACAGAGUCAAUUUUAUAAUGCUGGUAGAAUAGACUUUGAACUUUACCUGUGACAUCUCUAUAUCUAAUAUACACAAAAAAAUAUUAAUAAAAAUACUUUCAUAAUUUGUCAAAAACAAAAUUUGACAAAUCUUAAAAUUUCAUAGGAAUAGUAUGUAUAAUAUUGUUAUAUAUAAAGCUUAUACAUUAUAUAUAUUAUAUACAUUAAUUAUAUAUAUUAAUAUGUAAAGUUUUCGCACAGGAUAAAAAUAAUCGUUUAUUCCACAAAUAUAUCUGUACUAAUUUACAAAAAGGAAAUCACGGUACAAAAAUUUAUUAGUAAGAGAUGUUCAAAUUAUGUUUUUAUGAAUCCUAUAAAAAGAUCCCCACAAUAUCUAAUUAUAAACAAAACUUUUUUUUAUAUAAUAAUUUUUUAUAUAAUAAAACUUGCAGGUUUUUAAAAAUUCUAUUAUAAUAUUUUUUAUAAUUUUGUAAUUUUUACAUUUGUUUAGAAGAAAAUAUUUAUUGAAAGAAAUUGAAACUGACAACACGUUCUAAUCAACAAAUUCGUAAGAAAUUGUUGAAUCUAAUAAAUAUUUAUAUGUAUAAUUUAGAUGUAUAAUUUAAUAUGUAUAAUUUAGAUUUGAGGUAAAAAAUUAGUUCCUGGAGAAUUUUUUGUCAUUUUUAUUAUCUUAUCUAUUAAAAUAACUAUAAUAUUAAUGUACAAUGUGUGUAAAUUAGAAAAAUUAGAAAAAAUACUAAAGAAUGAGAAUAAUAAUUACUUCGUAAAAUUUAAAAAAUUUUAUUUUACAAUACAAAAUGAUAAUAUUUAGAUAACUUUUCCACACUUUUCCACCUGAAAAUUAUCUGAAACAAUACCUAAUUGAAGAAUCAUUAUUUUGUAUGUAAAAUACGACGCUUGCAUUGCCAUACUUUUCAGUUGGUUAUUAAAAACCAUCUGGUAUAGAAUUAAAAAAAAAAUAACUCAUACUUCAGAGACUUCUUGCGUAUAGCUCUAUGAAAGUGGAAACAUUGAAAUUUAUGGCUCGUAGAGAGCGUGGUAUUUUUAAAUAGAAUUUUAUCCCUAAAAUAAAUCUAUUUGUAUUGUAUGAUAUAGAGAGUUAUAGUAGACUAAACUUUACCUAUAUAUGGCUUUUUCUUUGAAAUUCUUAUAUUUAUUUUACAUUCGAAGAUAGCAAAUAUUUUCUUUAAAAAAUAGAUUAUCUCGCAGGAGAAAUAAAAAUUAUAAAAUAUAUUCUGAAAAUAUUUUUGAAUUUAUUAUAAAACAAACUCACCCAUUUACUCGCUUUCUCUCUCUCACAUUGUCCCUUAUAGACAUCUGCAUAUAAAUGCAAUAAUUGUUUAAUUUUGUACUAUACAGAGUAAACACGAAAGGAGGGAGUUAUACAUAUAUUUUGGCUACAUAGAUCACGAGGUUGUGCAAAAAAUUAUAAAGAAAAGGGUGAUUUUGAAAAUAUAUAUCUAAAUAAAUAAAAGACACGCAUCAGAGUGUAAUAAUUCGCAAAUUGAAAUAUUUUGAAUUUUUCUUUUGUUUGCAUAUACGUGUAUGUUAGUAGAUAAUUGGCACGUGUUUUUUUACUGAAUAUAAUUUUAUUAAACGUCUUAAACAUUUUUAUUAGCAAUGUAUGAAAUUUUAUAUAUAUAAUUACUUAAAAUAUUACUUCAAGUAUUUUCUUCGCGUACACGCAAAAAUUGUUCAGACAUGAAUAUCUGAGAGUAUACGUGUGCAUGCAUAUAUUUAUAUAUAGAUUUGUAUAUACAAGGUGUCUCCUCAAUUUUUUUUUGCAUUUCUGCAAGCUCUGCUGAGAGAUUCUUUGAUCAAUUUUGAAUUGAUUUGCUUUUGAUCGAUGUUACGUAUUAGUAGACACUAUUCUCGUCUAUAACUUUUUUUCAAUCAAUGUUCAAUUUCAAUGUUCAAUAUUAAAUAUCUUAGAGAGUAACUUGCACUUUGGUUAAAGUUUUGUUUAAGUAAGAUCUAUUUGGAAUGUAUUAAAAUUCAAAAUUUUAACACAUUUUAGCAAGUCUAAAGUUUAGUACGAGAGAAUUGUUCAAUUUUUAAUCGUUUGUAAAAACGAAAACUAUUAAUUGAUAUUAUAUAAUGCCUCAAUAUAUUUUUGCUAAAAAAAAUUAAUUUUAAAUUAUUCAAAAAAUCAUCUCAGUCUCUCUUUUUUUCUUUAUAUGCAGUAUAAUCGCAGAUUUUUGGGACACCUAGUAUACGCGCGUAUAUUUUCGCAAGUAUAAAUUCGUAGCUCAUUUUGAAAAGUCAGAAGAAUUUCUAGCGGAGUAUUAAACGUAUAGAAGACCAAAAAGUAUCUAUACUAGAUUAUAAUGAGAGAACUAUAUGAAUCGAUCUCUUCUAGCUAUACGAGUCGAUCAUAAUUGUGAAAGAGUCUAAAUAUAACUACGUUACUAAAAGUGCGAUGAAACACAUGCAAUGUACAUCCGUUGCUUAUUAAAUCCAACAUAUUUCGUGCGUUUAAUAAUCACAUGCUUU